CAAACCCAUACAACCUUUGUGGUUGCAUCUGACAGGCCGAAUCCUCUCCGGAUCCCGGUCCAUCUCCACCGUCCAUUCUCUCCCAUCGCUCCACGCUCCCUGCGCGGCUGCGCCUCCUCUCCUCUCCUCUCCUCGCCGCCACCGCCGCGGCGCCGCCGCCGGCCUAGACUCCCCCCCCCCUCUCUCUCUCCCUCUCCCUCUCUCUCCCAUCUCCUCUCCGGUCGAGCGCGCGUGCGGCCUCCCAAUCCCGACGCCGCCACCAGCCCAAACGCACACGCAGACACCUCGUCCGGCUCGGAGACUCAGCCCCGGCUCUCGCAUCAGGCGGAGGCGGGUGUUGCGGAGCUUGAUCCGUUGCUUUUGGCUAUUCCGCUCCUCACCCGGUGCCGGGAAAUCGGCGAGUUGUCCCCCCCUUGUUCUUCUUGCUAUCCGGGUCCGUGUGAUGAACGGCGGCAAGAAGUUCGGCGGCGGCCGCCCGCCGACGGGGACUCCGUCGCUGGCCUGGUCUUCCGUCGUCGUGGUCGUCUCCCUGCUUGCUGGAGCGUCCAUCGUGCACAACAUCUACAAGCCCAACAUGACCAUUCCACCGGUGGAGAGCACGGAUGGGGGCAAGCAGAGCUAGACAAGUUCAAAGGUUCGUGCUCAGAGUGUUAGAGGUUUCGUUUCUUUCUCGGUAUAUGCAUCCUCUUGUGAGAUGAGGCCGACGGUAGUCUUAUUCUGUCAGAAUUUUGAGAGCCAAAUUAAGCCUGCAGUAUUGCUCGCUAAGUAUUUUUUUAACAGACUGCUGCACUGCAUUUUAUUUAUUCUAGUACUUGGUUAAUUGGUGAUUGUCUCCCAAAACAUUAUGAUCCCAGUCUUGAAGGAAUGCAACUAGAGAAAGGGGAUGAGGCAAUUUUAUCCAUUGCUUUAUGGAGGAGAAUGCAGUUGUUUGCUUUUCUUUUCAACGUGCUCAUUAAUUCAAUGUGGAAUAAGUCCAUUUGACUCUAGUUGGAAAUAUAGGACAAAAAGUUGAACUGACAA